AUGUGUAUAACACAAGACUGGGCUCUGAAUCCACUUCAACUGAAUGCGGUACAUCGUGGUUGGCGAAAGCAAACAUUCAGUGCUCGACUUGAGGACGAGGAUGAUCUGAUUCGUCGUGUCCGAUCGAUUGAGGAUGGUGAUCAAAACCACCGCAUCGAAAACAGUUUGAGUUGGAAAAUUCCUCAUCCACGCGCGCCACUCGUUCCAUCAUUUCCGGCGCCAAAAAACAGCAGCAGAAGAAUAUCAAGUGUGAACAAGAAACCGUCAACCUUGGAACGUGAAUGA